ACCGCUAACUCGUGCGUGCUGGGGACUCCAAUUCGCCAGGCCUAACACCCUCUCGAGAUAAAAUCUCGCCUCGGUAGGGUUCUAUUCUCGAUAAACCCUUGGAAUCUCCGAGACGGUAUUCGUACAACGGAAGCGCAAUCAGACCCAUUCGGGAGUGCUGUUUCAAACUCGCGCCUCCUCUUCACCCUCCUCACACCGCUAGCCAUGAUCAAUUUACGACGCUUCCGGUCUAUACGGGUUCACCUGAAUGCCUCACAAAUGCUCGAUGCCGGCCGCCUCCAGGAGGAACCUGCCUGGUACCGUGCUGUUAGCUCAAUUCCUCCUACCACAUCUCUUGUUCGAACAACUCCGCCACAGCUAAGAGAACGAAAAAACCCAUGGACAAAGAAUCAUAGACCGAGCCGAAUGUAUAUGCCCCAAAAAAUUGAAUACCCUGAAGAUAAGUUACGCACCCAGUUUUACAGAGAUCAUCCGUGGGAGUUGGCGCGGCCAAGGAUCUUGGUGGAGAACGAUGGGAAAGAUUACCUGAAAUACGAUUGGAGCAAGAUGCCGCAAAAGGGAAAGCCGUUGGAUGGUGAAAGGUCAGUAUGAAGCACUCGUACCUUUCCUCUUUAUUCUUUUCUUCUCCUGCAUUCUCCUCUUGAUCUUGCUAACUUGUCGACAGUGUGGUACAACGGCAGCUAUGGUUAAGGGAACAUAUACCGGAUAUGAGCGCGGAAAGAGCAUACGACGUCGCCCGAAAGGAGUUUUACGAUCUCCGUUUGCAGGAGGAUAUCGAACGUCGCAUCGCUAUUGAGGAGGCUCGGGCAUGUGGGGCUACGUUCGGAAAGACCUAUCUGGAGCUCGGAAUUGAAAUGGAAGAGAAAUAUCUGGAGCAAUGGAGGAAGGAUACAAUUGCCUUUAUUCUCAAGAGACGACAGAGGCAGUCUACUUUUAAAGUUAUUGAGUUCACUCCCGCUUCUGCCGAAGAAGGAUUUAUACCAGCAAGUGAGGCAGAGGAGGGAGAAGGAGGGGAGACUGCCGGAGCAGAAAAGGCAGCAACUGCUACCCCAUACCCCUUGUUUACCUGAUACUACUAUAGAAAGUACGGACCCGAUCUAUUACGGCUCUUGUAAAUACCGGUACUGUAUCUUAGUCUGUAACCAUGCUCCAAAAUCACUCUUCGGAUUGCUUUCCUCUCGGGGUUGGGAGGAUCGGAGCAGAAAAAAGAGCAGUCUGAUGCAGUGGUUAACUUAGUUGCUAACUCACAUGAGAGCGGGGCUCAGUGUCACGUGCUUGUGAAAUAUAUCGUAUCGGUGUCCGCCGUGAACAUGAUACUAUCCUUGAUGGGAAUUGUGAUGGCGGUAGCGGUGGUGCAA